AGUUGUGUUGAUAAACCUCCAUGAGGUGAUUGGUGGCUCCAGGGCCAACAGGACAGAGUGAACACAUUUAGAAAGGCCCACAGUUACAGCAGGAGGACACUUCUAUCACUGAAGACAUGGCUGGCAUGACGAGCCUUCUCCUUUUGCUUUGGGCUGGUGCCACAAUGAGCAUGUGGGUGGAUCUGCAGAAAAGAAUCAUCGGAGGUGAAACGUGCAAAAAGGAUGAGCGCCGGUACCAUGUGAAAUUACUAGAUAAAAGCGGAGCCUUUCUGUGUGGAGGUUCUUUGAUCAGCAACCAGUGGAUUCUGACUGCAGCACACUGCCAUCCGGUUGAGAAAGCAGUUGUAGGUGUGCAUCCAAAACCGAAAAUACAACUAAAGAAAGUAAAACCAAAGGACAUCGCAAAGGCUGUCAUGUAUGAUGACAGAGAUGACAACAACAAUGACAGGAUCCAUGACAUCAUGCUGCUGAAACUACGUGACCCUGUUACUGGCAUUACACCUGUACGUCUUCCUGACUGUGGGAACAAACCCAAUGUAAAGGAUGUAGUGCAGAUAGCAGGUCAUGCAGCCACAGCUCCGGACGCUCAUGGUAAAAAAGGAUUGAUCCUGACAUAUGAGAAGGUGUUCUGCGCCAAGAGAGAUAAAGUUGAUACAUGUCCAGGUGACUCUGGUGGAGGAGUGUUGUUCAAUGGCAUGAUUUAUGGUGUCCAUGUUGUCUCUGGUAAAUACGCCUGUGCUCGACAUAUGACAUAUAUGGACGUCUGUAAAUUCAAAGAUUGGAUCCAUGACAUAACAGGAGUGACUUUUCCAUAA